AUGCUUGAAUAUAAAUUGAUACCCAUUGACAUGUUUGAAUAUAAAUUGUUACCCAUUGAAAUGUUUGAAUAUAAAUUGUUACCCAUUGACAUGUUUAAAUAUAAAUUGUUACCCAUUGAAAUGUUCAACUGUAAAUUGUUGCCCAUUGACAUGUUCAAAUAUAAAUUGUUACCCAUUGAAAUGCUUGAAUAUAAAUUGAUACCCAUUGACAUGUUUGAAUAUAAAUUGUUACCCAUUGAAAUGUUUGAAUAUAAAUUGUUACCCAUUGACAUGUUUAAAUAUAAAUUGUUACCCAUUGAAAUGUUCAACUGUAAAUUGUUGCCCAUUGACAUGUUCAAAUAUAAAUUGUUACCCAUUGAAAUGCUUGAAUAUAAAUUGAUACCCAUUGACAUGUUUGAAUAUAAAUUGUUACCCAUUGAAAUGUUUGAAUAUAAAUUGUUACCCAUUGACAUGUUUAAAUAUAAAUUGUUACCCAUUGAAAUGUUUAAAUAUAAAUUGAUACCCAUUGACAUGUUUAAAUAUCAAUUGUUACCCAUUGAAAUGUUUAAAUAUAAAUUGAUACCCAUUGACAUGUUUAAAUAUAAAUUGUUACCCAUUGACAUGUUUAAAUAUAAAUUGUUACCCAUUGAAAUGUUUGAAUAUAAAUUGUUAACCAUUGACAUGUUUGAAUAUAAAUUGUUACCCAUUGAAAUGUUUAAAUAUAUAUUGUUACCAAUUGACAUUUUUAAAUAUAAAUUGUUACCCAUUGAAAUGUUUGAAUAUAAAUUGUUACCCAUUGACAUGUUUGAAUAUAAAUUGUUACCCAUUGAAAUGUUUAAAUAUAAAUUGUUACCCAUUGACAUGUUUAAAUAUAAAUUGAUACCCAUUUAA